CGAAACCCUAGAACACUAAACAACCAGACAUGGAGGAGUACCCGACAGGUUUCAGGUUCUAUCCAACCGAGGAAGAGCUCAUUUCGUUCUACUUGCACAACCAGCUUCACGGCCUUAAGCAAGACAAGCUUCAUCGUGUCAUCCCAGUCCUCGACAUUUUCGACACUGAGCCAUGGAAUCUCCCACAGCUUGCGGGAGAGCUGUGCAGAGAAGAUAGAGAGCAGUGGUUCUUCUUCGCGCCCAUGCAGGAGAGGGAGGCAAGAGGAGGGAGGCCCAGCCGGAGCAUGGCCACCGGCUACUGGAAGGCCACUGGGUCUGCCGGUUACGUCUACUCGUCUGACAACGAGGUGAUCGGCGUGAAGAAGUCAAUGGUUUUCUACGUGGGAAAACCUCCCACAGGAAGAAAAACCCAGUGGAAAUUGAACGAGUACAGGGCUUUUGAACUCUCGCCGACCAUUACCAAUUCCACGAGCAACAAUAUUUCCAUUCCUAAGCUAAGGCGUGAAUUCACAUUGUGCCGAGUGUAUGUGGUGUCUGGGAGCUCUCGAGCAUUUGAUCGUCGGCUACCAGAAGUAGUGGCUAGAGAGACAACAAUCCAGGGUGGCAACGGCGCUGCUAGCAACGAAGGCGGUGGAUGUGAAGAUGCAUCAUCAUCAGGAGUAGUCGUAGCCAAUGCAGGAUGUUCCCAUCCAUGGGAGACAGCGAGUUUGGAAGAACCAAUUUGGGAUUGGGAGCAAUUGGAUUGGCUCUGAUUUUAUGUAGCAUUACUCAGAUGAUGUAGUUGUUUGGUUAUCGGUGCAAUCAUAUGUACAUCUACAUGUAUUCAAU